AAUGUUUGUUUUGCUUACUUUACUGUGAGCGGCGGUGUGUGCCCCUGCAUUUACACAUUUAUCUUACUUUUCCAUCGUUUUAUUUGUACAAAUACAAUAUAUGCGAAUAAGUACAGUUUUCAAUUCUGAAAUUAGUUAAGCUUCGCACUUUUUUGUCAAUGGUUAAUCUUCCGAAGAGAAAUACACACUGGUGAUCAACUAUGAAGUAUCACACAUCUCCACCACCAUCUAGGACACAGUCACCAUACCAGUUUGACUCAAGUGUGUCACCUCUGCCACCGCCAGUCUCACACAGGGCCAGCUGUCUAUCUGCAGCCACAAAGAGAUACAAGUACCUGAGGCGAAUAUUCAAGUUCAGCCAGAUGGACUUUGAGUUUGCCAUAUGGCAGAUGCUGUACCUCUUCGUAGCACCACAAAAGGUCUACAGAGACUUCCAGUACAGAAAACAGACAAAGGCUCAGUUCGCGAGGGACGACCCAGCCUUCCUUGUGCUAGUGACUGGCUGGAUAUUUGUGUCGUCGGUGUGUUUCGCGCUGGUGAUGGGGCUCGGGUUUUCGUCGUUCAUCCUGUUCCUGCUGUAUGUCGUCGCCGUGGACAUGCUGCUCAUGGGCGUGCUGGUGGCUACAGGCCUCUGGUUCGUGAGUAACCGGUAUCUGCGGCACCCGACGGAGCCCGGACAGGACGUCGAAUGGGGAUUCUCGUUCGACGUACACAUGAACGCCUUCUUCCCGGCCCUCGUCAUCCUGCAUGUAGUGCAGAUUCUGCUCUACAACGUUGUGUUGCACAGUGACAACUUUGCGUCCCACCUACUGGGUAACAUGCUCUGGACGGUGGCGCUGGGGUACUACUUCUACAUCACCUUCUUGGGAUACAGUGCGCUGCCGUUCCUGAAGAACACGCGCGUCUUCCUGUACCCGCUGACGCUUCUGGCGCUGAGUUUCGUGGCCGUGACGGCUAGCGGAGUCAACCUGAGCAGGACGCUAAUGGAGUUCUACCGUCAACGGAUCCUGUUCUCAUCUCAUUUGUGAGUGGCGACGGAUUGACAUCUGUCGGACAGAAUGUGAAACACAAGUGAUGCGCCGCACCGCCAGGGACGCUGGUCAGAGCGGGCGACUACCGUGUGAUGUGAGCAGGUUAAUUCACCUACACAGGAUCAAUAUGUUUGUUAUGUUCGCAGUGGCGUGUGUGGACUGCGGAUAUUGUUAUCUAUGACGUGUGCGCCUUAUUUGUAAUGUGCGGCACCUGCAGAGCGAGUGCGCGAGGAUGGACCCUGGUAGAGUGUAUCACCGGGUCAAUAGCCUCCUGUCGGGUGUCCUUAAAUAUCUAAUAAAUCACUCCGCUUUUU